GAGGAAUUCCCCCCAGCCUGGUCCCCAGUGCUUCAUCCAUCAUUGGAUGCAAGCAGCAACAUAAGUAAUGAUAUUUAACAUUUCAUAAUAACGACAAUUAACCAGUAAGUAAUGCCUUUUACACCACGAAAGCCAGAGUAAAUUAAUUCCCCUAAUUAGCUGUCAGGCAGCAUGGGGCACUGUCAGCCCCUGCCUGCGUUACCCGCCCCCCAAUGCACCACUGAGUACCCUCAAACCCCAAAUCACACCCCAUAGUUUGCACCAGCACUGGUGGGACAUGGGGCUUCACAUCCCGGCUGCUCUGAGCCCUAAAUCACCCCUAUCUCCUAUUAAAAACAUAGCAGCAGCAACAAAAGAUGGCAACAAAAUGGUUUAUGGCCGUAAUAAAUUGUGCUGGAGGGAAAAAACCAACCUGUUUGUUUGUCUUGAAGCAAGCGGGGAGUUCCCCACUGCACACAAAUGGGAGCAUUGCUGAGCCCCAUGUUCAGAGACCAGCAGGGUGGGAAAGGGGGAUUUAUUGGAAACACUUUUCCAUCACGUUUAUCCCACCCCAUUGCUCUGAUCUUGCUGGUGGGCUGAAGGUGAGGGAGGAGUGCAGUGCUCUUUGGUACCCUGGGAUGCAGGGUUCGGGCUGGUCCUGGUGGUCUCUGUCCUGUGCUGGGGCCAGGGUGAGGUAGGGUGCAUUGUGCCAUGUACAAAGAAGGGAUAUAUAAACACCCCCUGGCAAAGAUGCAGGGAAGGAGGGGGCUGAACCCACCCAGCGCUGCUGGAUGAGCUGCCUUCCCUGGCAUUGGUGUGGGAAUGGGGAUGUUCCUGCCUGGCCAGCACCAAGGGGUGGGAAGGAUGCGGCUCUCACUGUCCCUGUUGGGGCUGGAGGGUGGCCAAAGCUCCGCCACCCAUGGCCGGACUCUGCCCCAUCCCUCCCCUUGGCUCAGCUCCCGGCUGCACACAGGGAUAGGAACAGGGACAAGGACGGACAUGGCUGCUCCCAGCCAGCCCCACCAGGCCACCUAUGACGCCAUUGUCAUUGGGGCUGGCAUCCAGGGCUCCUUCACCGCCUAUCACCUGAUCCAGCGCCACAAGGACAUCCUCCUGCUGGAGCAGUUCAUCCUGCCCCACUCGCGGGGCAGCUCGCACGGGCAAAGCCGCAUCACCCGCAGCACCUACCCCCAGGUGUCCUACGCCCGCAUGAUGCCCGACAGCUUCCGCCUCUGGAAGCAGCUGGAGGACGAGGCUGGCACCAGCCUCUACAGGCAGACGGGGCUGGUGGUGCUGGGGCCGGUGGGUGACCCGGAGCUGGAGGGCUGCCGCCGCAGCCUGGGUGACAACCACAUCCUCGAGGCCGCAGCGCUGGCCCAGCGCUUCCCUGGCCUCCGGCUCCAUGCUGGAGAGGUGGCCCUGUGGGACAGCACUGGUGGGGUGCUCUUUGCCGACCGGGCACUGCGGGCAGUGCAGGAUGUCUUCCGCCGGCACGGGGGCACCCUGCAGGACGGGGAGAAGGUGCUGCACAUUGAACCCGGGGCCAUGCUCACCGUCACCACCACCGCUGGCGUGUACCGAGCCCCACGGCUCGUCAUCACGGCCGGGGCCUGGACUGGUGCCCUCGUGGCACCGCUGGGUCUCCGCCUGCCACUGCAGCCCCUGCGCAUCAACGUCUGCUACUGGAAGGAGAAGGAGCCUGGGAGCACAGGCAGAGCCAGUCCCUGCUUCAUGGCCAUGGGGCUGAGCCAAGCCCCACACGGCAUCUACGGCCUGCCUGCCCUUGAGUACCCCGGUCUGGUCAAGGUAUGCUACCACCAUGGCAGCCCCACAGACCCCGAUGAGCGUGACUGGGCCCCUUUGGGUACCCCCCACCCUGAUGUCACCCUCCUGAGCAGCUUCAUCAGCAGCUACCUGCCCGGGCUGGAGCCCAGGCCAGCCGUGGUGGAGACCUGCAUCUAUACAAACACCCCAGACGGAGAUUUCAUCCUGGACCGGCACCCCAAGUACAGCAACAUCAUCAUCGGGGCCGGCUUCUCGGGCCAUGGGUUCAAGCUGGCACCAGUGGUGGGGAAGCUGCUGUGUGAGCUGAGCCUGGGCGAGGAGCUGUCCCACAGCACUGCUCCCUUCGCCAUCGCUCGCUUCCCCGGCGUGCUCCGGGCUGCACUGUAGGUGUGGGGCCCUGGCCGUGCCCACAUGGCAUCAUGCUGGCCUGAAGCUGUGUUCCUGCAUCCCAGCAUCCUUAUAUCCCAGUGUGCCAGCACCCCUGCAUCCCCAUGUGUCCUCAUCUCCCUGCAUCCUGGUGUCCCAGAACACUGCACUCCAGCACUCUUCCACCCCACACCUCAGCUACCCUGCAUCCCCACAUCCCCAUACUCCACCAUCCCAGCACUCACCAUCCUGGCACCCCUCCACCCCACAUCCCAGCACCCCUGCAUCCCCAUAUCACAGCAUACUGGUACCCUUCCUCCCUCCAUCCCCACAUCCCAGCAUCCUGCCUCCCCGCAUCCCGGCAUCCCCCAUGCUGCGCGGUGCCAAGCUGUCUCUACCAAGCACCAGCUCCCCGGAAACAAAUUAAGGAGCUUUGUCAGCCUCAUGAAGAUGGAGCUGGAGCAGUGCAGAGAGACGCUCUCGCUUAGGAGUCAAGUUAAAUGUUUUAAUGUUAAAUGUGCCAUUUUAUUAUCAUUAGAUCGCUCCCACUUAA